UUCUCCGCCAAUUUUGCAAUAGCUGCGCCUACAACAUGCUCAGCCGGUUGCUGCGCGCUUCAGCAUACGUGGAUGGCGCAGCCGGACUCUCUCAUACGCGACAUAUCACCGCCUGCCACACGUCGCUCAAGUGUGCAGACGCAGCGACUCACGCCGAGUGUUGAGCAUCAAGGUACGCGGCGGAUUCGAUCGGGUUGUAAGGAUGUGGACGAUGGUGAGCUCGAACCCACGUUGGCUGCUGUGGAGGCUGGUAAGGCAGAGGUCCGCGAGCACCUUGAGUACUUCGCAAGGCAUCUGAGCGCGGUGAAGCGAGCAUCGCCGCAGCCAACAAUCUCUAUCACGGAGUUUCGAAACUUGUACAAGCGCAAUCAUAACGCACACGGCCAUCACUUUGUCAUUCACCAGCAUGAUCAUCCCAUAUCCGGCGUUCACUACGAUCUUAGGCUUCAGUUUUCUGAGACGAGCAGCGUAAGCUGGGCGAUACCGUACGGUCUGCCUGGUAAUGCCAACUCCGUGCGCCCUAACCGCAUGGCCAUUGAGACGCGAGUGCACAACUUGUGGCAGAAGAACAAUCUAAUCGAGUCCGCAUCACAUGCCACAGGCUCGCUUCUAAUCUGGGACACUGGAGAGUAUGAGGUGCUGGAGAGUAGAACACGGCAAACACAUAAUACUGAUGACGAGCAUUCAGGUGGUGAUGACCAACCUGAGCGAGCGGCUGAGUCGCAGAAUGGGCGACUGAGGGUAGCUUUUCAAAGCCGUCAUAUCCACCUUCGCCUCAACGGCGCGCGCUUGCCCCCGGGCUAUACUAUUGCGCUCAGGCUACCGUCACAAAAUGAUGCAGGCAAACAGCCACGCAGAAAGCGCCGACGCCUCGAACCUGGUUCAGCGGUCGAGUCAACCAAGCGGCAUCUUGCGUCUUUCAAGGAUGACGACGACAGUGGUUCCGACAAUGACCAAUCGGAGACUGCUUCUAUCAUGACCAGCAACGUCGAUGCUGCGAUGGCUUCCGAAAGCGAGGGCGAGGAUGCCACAAUCCGUGCAAACAACGCAUAUCCGGGAGCCACGAACAGUAUUGGCUCUCUUCAUCAGCGCCACUGGUUGCUCAGGCUUGACCUUGGGAACUCGGGUUUCAGCAAGGCUCGCAGUGGAAACGACGAGGGCCGCUGGAUUGGACCCUGGACGCCAUUCUUCGUACGCGGCAGGGACUACGAAAGAAGUGUCGUGACAGGACGCCUGGCGGACGACGUAAUGGCAGACGAGGAUGUUGAUAUGUUUGUCGGCAGGAAGAUGUGGAGGCCAAUCCUCGAAUGA